GCUCAGCGCUGAGUCUCUUUCACAACCCACUCCGUGUCGGCCCCUCAGCAAGGUAUUGAUCAAUCGUGAUCUGGGUUGAGUAAGCUCUUGAGUAAGAAAAUAUUAACUAGAUCAAAAGCUCUAAUACCCAUAUGCUCAUGAAGAGAAAGCAGAGACUCAUGAAGAACUUAGUUUGAAGAGACGCAGUCCACACAGGUGCUCCUCCAGCCUUGGAUCAUCUAUGGUCAACAUAACAUCCUCUUGUAAAUUCUUUGAUAGUAUUGUCAAGAUUUCACAGACCACCACCCCAUCAAGAUGCAGAAAUCCAGGUCACUUAGCGGGAUCAUCCGAUGGUACAUUUAUGCCAUCCAUGGGCUUCUGUGUGAAAUACUGUUUACCUCAAUCUGGGACAUUUUCGCCAUAAAAAGCUGGAAACUGGUAGGAGUCAGCAGCAUCUGGGCCAUUUUCAUAUAUGGGACAGCCAUUUUUAUAAUUGAAAAGAUGUAUUUUUACCUACAGAGAAGAUGUCCCCUCAUUUUUCGAUGUCUUGUAUACACCUUGUGGACAUACACAUGGGAAUUCUCCACAGGCUAUGUGCUGAGGAUUUUCGAUGCAUGUCCUUGGGACUAUUCUCAUUUCCCUGGAAACAUCAUGGGUCUUAUUACACUGGAAUAUGCAGUACCCUGGUACUUUGGCUGUAUGAUAGCAGAACAGGUGGUCAUCAAAUACACACUCAGGUUACACUUGCUCCAAAUUGGAAACCAAGAAAAAUGCAAAUGAACUCUACAUUAUUAAACCCUAGAAGGUUUGACUUGCAAUGAAAAAAAAAAAAAAAAAACAACA